AUGGCGGCGGCCCAAAGCGGCCGUUUGUGCAAGUCCCUCCGCUCAGAAGGGACAGAGUGUGCUAUCGAGCCCGAGAGAUUGGCUUCCAUUGCGGAAACUCGCCUGGGCCUGCUGGCUCUCUGGAUGCUCAUGGCAACAGCGGCAUGGGUUUGCGGUCUCUAUGCGAUAGUGUACUUUACGAUGCACCUCUCGGAGCACCACCAGUAUACCCGCUGCCGGUGUGACAGGCGCCGAGCAGGUCUGUGCAUCCUGGGAUCCUUGACUCUCUACGUUUCUGGGCUCUUGCUGAUCCUUUCUCUGUACAUAUUCAAUGCAGACCGCGUGCCGCCAGAAUUACAGGUUGUGGACAAUAUGGACCCGCCCUACGCCAUAGAUAUCCAAGUGGAAAGCGUUGGUGCUUGGACGAACAUGUCCAAGAUGAGCCAACUGCGCAUGGAGUACUUGUGGGGUCCAGGGGUCCCGUACUGGGAAUACACCGACAUAGCCGGCAUCCUUUUUGGAUGUUUGGUUCUCGUGCUUCCGCUGACGGCAUAUGUGCUGGGGGACGAUGGAGAUGAGGACGAUUGA